GCUGCCGGGGCUCUGCGCCAGCUACUCGCAGAACGUCGCCCUUGGCACCUCGCCUCCGGGCGCGGCUUGGCACGCCCUGCGGGCGGAGCUCGCCGCAUCCUCAGGGCCCGGCGGCGGGGAUCGCCCGGAAAGCCGUACAACUGCACCAGCAAAUAUGCUCCCUGCAAAGACGUUCCCAGCACAGCAAAAUGUGGGAGUCACUGAUGAUGUCAUUCUGAAGCUAAAGACAGCCCCAUCUCUCCUGUCUGGUAAUAAAAGAAGGCUUCUGCAGGGAGGCAGAGAUCCCCUGCCGUUGCACCAGCGCUCUCCUCAUCCCAGCCGGUCGCUGCGAGGUGCUCACUAGUGGAUUCCUUGGAGUUUCAAGUAAGCUGUGCUUUAAUUGAUUCCCCAAGAUGUUUGCAAAAGCCACAAAGAAUUUUGUGAGAGAAACUGACAGUGGAGGUGACUUGAUCCCUGUCUCCCACUUGAAUGCUUCAGACAAGCUGCAGCUUCUGGGCUUAGUUACAAAGAGGAAGAGAUUCUGGUGCUGGCAGAAGCCCAAGUAUCACUUCUUGACAGUCACCCUGAGUGAUGUGCUUACUGAAGACAAACCAAUACAACCAGUCAUUGUGGAGUCCGACUUUGUGAAAUACAUGGGGAGGUUUGAAGAUUGUGUUCAAGGAAGUAUUGAAACUUCAUUUGGGAAGAUCAGCCUAGGAGCUGGAGGGAAGGGCUAUGUGGAAAACCAGUCCUCGUUCGGAAACCUGAGGAAGCAGGAGAUUGACUUGCAGCAGCUUAUGAAAGAUAUCAAGGACAGGACAAUAAAUCUAAGCAGCAGUUUACUGCAACAAGUGAUAGAAAGAAAACGUGAAGUUCUGUGCAUCUUGAGAGAAAAGAUAAUCACAACUCAGAAGUGUACCAUCUCUGAACAUAUCCAGACAGAAGAAAAAAUCAGCGCUGUCAUGGGAUGCACUACGAGAACAGUAAAGGUUUCAGUGAGUGAAGAUGGAAGUAUGAUGAAGGAUUCUAGUGUGAUCCUUGAAAUUCCUCCUGCAACCACUAUUGCCUAUGGAGUAAUUGAUCUGUUCAUAAAGCAGAGUGGCCAGUUUGAAUUCUGUCUGCUGGAUGACCAGCAAGGAGGCUUUGAAAAAGAAGGCCCAGAAGGCUCAGCUUACCCUCAUUCAGCACUGUUCAAAGAUGCUUCGUUCCUCUAUCAGCCAGAUGCUGUUGAUAAUGAGGUGGUCUCUGGGGCUAAAAACCUCAUUCCCAGUGAUGCUUCUCUAAGUGUAUUGAAACAAGAUUUGUCACGGUUGAAGACUCAGUUCCAGCCCUUCGUGAAGCUGCCGGAAGACAGGCAAAGAGCUUUGUAUAAAACCCUUUGUGACCUCCUCCUCCAUGAAGAAAUGGUAACUGCCCUUGAGGACGUGCUGGAUGAUAUCCGCACUGGGGGCCAGCCAGAUCUGAAAGAGUUAAAGUCUGCACAACAAGGAGACCUCCUUGACUUCUUGCAGCUCUUAGGAUGCAGCUUGCAGAGUGAGCUGUUGCUGCAAAAAUACCAGCCUCAGGAUGAAGAACUCUUCUCAGCUGCUCACCUCCUCAUCAGUGCUAUCUCUGAGCUGUCUGAUUACACUCUCGUCCUGCUGCGUGCCUGCUGUGAUCUUCGAGUCGUUCCGGCACUGUGUUGUUUGCCCAACAUCACUUCAGCCGAUGGCUCUGUGGCACUGAGCAGUCCUCCUGUGGCUGCUCUCACCGAGAGAGGAAGAUUUGAUGUCGUGCAGAGACUGUUUGCUUCAUCAAACAUUAAUUUGGAAAUGACAGAGUCUUCUGUAAAAGCUGUAACCAUGAAAGAACCUAGAUUCAUCCCUCUUGUUCUUUAUGUUGCAUUGUAUGGAUUUUAUGCUUUAGGUGGAAGUGUAUAGGAGCCUUGCAGAGUAUCCAGCUCUUGCUCUAGACUGUUCUUUGUUCUGUAGCUCAGCAGUGUAGUGUUGGUAUGUUUGAGGUUGCAGUAGAGCCACUCAGACUUGCAGCAGUCCAGCCAGGGGCUGUGGAGGUCAGGGUGGACUUGGCAUACCUGGGGUGAGCACUUGGAACUGCCAUCAGGUGUGCUGCUGUUCUGCAGUGCCACUGAGCUAUGUCUGCAGUAGAAACUACAUAAAUAAGGGAUGAAGGGGAGGAAUUAAAAAGACAAGUCUGGAACAGAAAUUGAACAUAGCUAUUCUGGUAGCUGUCAGAUCUGCAGGGCAGUAGAAGCCUGAUUGCUUGCAUUAAUAUGCGUGGGAGAGAACUGCAGAGUACAAACUGCUUUUGGUAAGGAAGCAAACAAGCAGGCAGUGGAAAGCCAGGAUUCUGCAGCACAGUCAAUGUUUUGCUCUUUAAAGACUUGAUGUGCAAAACAUCUUCACUCUGGAGCAAGUGGAAUAGAGGUCUCUCAAAGAGGUACUUGAUUAGGCUUUCCUUUAUUAAGCUUUACAGAUAUGAACCCCUCACUGCAAGGAAUAGAGAACCCUCUUUUUCAAAAGCUAAGACCACCUUAGGGGUU